AUCCGGCAAGGAAAUUCCUCGGUUUGUGGUCAUGCGGUGCUGUGUGCAUCGGCUGUCCUGGGCUAUGCUGCCGCUUAGCUCUCAUCCGACAUCUUCUCUGUUCUGCUCUGUUUCCGGUGGCUCUGGUUCUGAGGGGAGUAGCUUUGUCAACGGUGGUUCUCGUUUUAGCAAGCUGGAUGUUGAUGGUGGAGUUGGUUCAGGAGGACGGUUGUCAGGAUGAUACGGAGACCCCACUGGCUUGGUGUCGGAGUCACCGGUCCUUUCUAACCAGAUGCCCCACUUGUCUCAGGUGAUCUCGUGUUUGGUGGUAGGAGGUAGCUCCUCUAACUCUCAAGCUCGAGCGGCAUCUACCUCCUUGUUCCAUCUCCCAAGCUACCGGAGAUGUGUAAGUUUGGUGGAAGACACUACCGUAGUUGAUUGUUUUUA